AUGCUUCAAUCGAGAGAGGGGGCUGAGAUGCUUCUUUAUGCUGGUUUCUUUGCAUCUUUCAGAGUGUUGUUUGAUGGAGUAUCAGAUGAUAGAUCUUUAUCGGUGAUUCAAAGUGAGAGGAGUCUUUCCAACUCUUCUGAAAAAAUUGAAAAGUCUCGGUGCAUUUGGGGACUUGGCUUGGCUGUAGUCACAGCAAUGAUUCAUUCUUUGGGAGGCAGUUUUUCUGGUACAGGUGUCGUGGAUCAUGUGAUGGCUUACUUCUUUUUGGAGAAAUCUGACGUGAUUUAUUAUUAUCUAAAUGCACUAGACUUUCCAUCUGAUGAUCAUGACAAGAAAAGAGCUGGUCAUGAAAGAAAAGAAUUCGCCUUCAUUAGCCGGGGUGUCCAACAUCUUGGAGAAUCUCCCAACCGGAUUACAUCAAUGUUGUGCCAUCCAAUCCUGAAAGAGGAGUUUGAGUGGUACAAGAAGCCAUCAUUUAUUGAGAGCAGAAAUGGCUGGUUUGCUCUUUCUGCUUUUGGUUGCGGGCUUAAUCCUAAGUUUUCUGCUUUAUCAUCUCAAACAACUGCUCUAGUGAUCAAGAACCAGGCUACUGGUGAAGAUGCUGCUAAAAGGGCUGAGGCAGUGGGUUUUGUUGACCUUGCUCAUUUUCCGGAACCUCCAAUGCCUAAUAUCUUGCAUGGCUUGCAGGAUCAAGGGAUUGUUAUGGUCACUGAAUUGUGUGAGGCCAACAAAUUUAGGCAAGUUUCAACUGAAAAACUGGGAGUAUGUAUCUUACCGCUGCAAAUAACAGUAAUGGCUCUAUACUUGGAAUUUUGUGUGUCACAAAUUUGUGGAAUAAGACCUGUUCUGGGACGUGUCGAAGAUUUCUCAAAGGAACUCGAGAAGUUUUUAAGAGGGUAA